ACCACUCCCUCCAACAAAUUGAAAGCGCCAACAAUUUUAUCUUGUAAUAACAGAGGACUGCUUCUUCUAUAAUCCAUCGCUAUCGCAAUUAUAACGAUGAUUUCGAAAACCUAGCUACCCAAUUCGUCCAUGUUAUUUUAAGUCCCGGUCUAUGGCCAUCCAAGAUAUCAUUCAUGCUUUCUCGGCCCUCUCACCUUCAUCUGGGCUACCCCUUGUCCCGUCAUCUUUGUUCCCCAUUCUUCUGUUAAGGAAGAGUUUGAGUUUGAAGAUUUUGAAGAGUUCAACAUCUCUGACAUGGCCAGCUCAAGAAUUUCAUUAUAUGGAGUGAGCUUCUUUACUUGGUGGAUUUAUUGGGCUUUGUUGUUUACAGAAGUAAACAGUGAACUUACCCAUCCUGAUGAAGGCAUGAGAAUUUCUGGUCUCAAGCUAUUUAGCUUACCGUCCUUUAAUGUGUAGUGUGGAGUACUUCGUAUAAUUCAAUGAUAUAUAUGGCGUUGGAUGACUUUAAAAUGUUAGAAAGUGUUCAAGUUAGUCGGAGUACAAUGGGAUUGGUAAAAAGCUAAAAUAAGAUUUAUAAUUACAAAAUACUCCCUUCGUCCCAAACUAAAUACUCCGUAACACACUUUCCUUUUCAGUCGGUCCCAAAAUAAAAGUUCAUUUCCUUUUUUUGGCAAGGAAUAUGUAGCCAUCAUUAUUUCUCUCUAUCAAUUUUAAACACACUUUUCACUUGCGAACACUUUUCCUGAACUUCAUGCCUAGUUAAAAUGGACUUUUCAUUUGGGACGGAAGGAGCAUAUAAUGAAUCUCUGAGAUCCUGUGAAAAUGUUUGAAAGAGUUCAAACUCAUUUCCUUUAUGAUUGAAUAGAGACAACAUUUUAUAGUUAUGAAGUCCUUGUAGGGAUUGUGUAUGAGGGUAGGUUGUUUGCAUAUUUUUUCCCUCAGUCCUCACCCUAAAGAGUCAGUGGGGAUCCUCUUAAAAUAAAUGCUCUACUCCUUGAAGCAGAGAUCACGUCUGCAUACACCAUGGCAUAUAUCCUAAUUCUCUUGGGUGGGAUAUACUAGGUUUGUUUGGCUUGGCUAGUGAAUUUUCUAGUUUUGUGCAGUGGGGGCAUUGCAUUCCAUCAAGGAAAGUCUGGUUGACCCAUAUGAGAACCUCAGAAAUUGGAAGGGAGACCCAUGCACCUCAAAUUGGACUGGUGUAAUAUGCUACAAUGCAACAAAGGAUGGUUAUCUUCAUGUUCAAGAACUACAACUUCUAAAACUGAACCUUUCUGGAAGUUUAUCACCUGAGCUUGGGCGCUUAUCUUAUAUGAGGAUACUAGAUGUAAUGUGGAACACAAUUGGUGGGAGUAUACCGCACGAGAUAGGGAAUAUUACAUCCCUGGAGUUAUUGCUUCUGAAUGGAAAUAAUCUGACAGGUUCCUUGCCCGAAGAGAUUGGGAAUCUUCCAAACUUGGACAGGAUACAAAUUGAUCAGAAUCAUAUAUCCGGACCCUUACCUGUAACAUUUGCAAAUUUAAACCGAACAAAACACUUCCACAUGAAUAACAAUUCAAUAAGUGGACAGAUCCCACCAGAGCUUUCUAGACUGCCAAUGCUUGUGCAUUUGUUACUUGAUAAUAACAACUUAUCCGGAUACCUUCCACCAGAACUAGCUGAAAUGCCAAACUUGCGCAUAAUCCAACUGGACAACAAUCACUUUGAAGGAAGCUUGAUACCAGAUACCUAUGGAAAGAUAUCCCACUUGCUGAAAUUGAGCCUCAGGAACUGCAGUUUACGGGGACCAGUACCAGAUCUGAGCAACAUAGACAACCUUACAUACAUAGAUCUAAGCUUUAACCAGCUUUCGGGGAGUAUUCCAACACGUAAGCUCUCUGAUUAUGUCACAACCAUUGAUCUAUCACACAACAAUCUUGGUGGAAGUAUCCCUACCAACUUUUCCAGCCUCCCUAAUUUGGAAAGAUUGUCACUUGCAAACAAUGCAUUGACAGGUUCUGUAUCAUCUAUUUUUUGGCAAAAUAGGAAACUCCAAGGAACUAAGAAACUUAUCUUGUAAGAUCUGAAAUCAGAAAAGAUUUCUUCAUUAAAUUCCCUUGUUAAACUGUGUUCCGAAGAAGUAUAAAGGUACAACAUUAUGGAAAUGCUAGAAUCUUACCAUUCUAAAGACCGAGUAGAAAACAUUAAUUUUUUCUGUUCUCUUUUAUGCUCCUAACUCCUAAGUUUAUUACGUCAAUGGAGUGCUUCGUCAUUUGAUAUCAUUUAAAUUUAUAAUAUUGGUUACUCCAGGGAUUUUCAGGACAACAUGCUUUCAAAUAUAUCAGGAAGCCAAACCAUUCCACCAAAUGUCACUGUCAGAUAUCCCUAUCCGUUCAGAAUCUUCUUUAAGCAAGGGAUUUAUUGCUGGUAUCAUACUCGCAUCAAUUUUUGGUGCAGUUGCAAUGUCUGCUUGUGUGGGGCUCCUCAUUUUGAGACUGCAUGUGCAAAAACACCAUUCAACUUCAAAAAAACGUCAAUCUUCAGUCUCUGUCAAAAUUGAUGGUGUAAAAGACUACACUUUUCAAGAAAUGGCACUGGCAACAGAAAACUUUCAUGACUCUUGCAUUGUUGGACAAGGAGGUUAUGGGAAAGUUUAUAAAGGCAUUUUGGCUGAUGGAACAGUUGUAGCCAUCAAACGUGCUCUAGAGGGAUCCUUGCAGGGUGAAAAAGAGUUUCUUACAGAAAUCGAACUACUUUCUAGGCUACAUCACAGGAACCUGGUGUCUUUAAUUGGAUACUGUGAUGAAGAAGGUGAUCAGAUGCUUGUUUAUGAAUACAUGUGUAACGGUACUUUGAGAGAUCACCUAUCUGGAAAAUUUAAAGAAUCUCUCAGCUUUGAUAUGCGGUUGAGAAUGGCGCUAGAGUCUGCAAAGGGGAUUCUGUAUUUGCAUACCGAAGCUGAUCCACCUAUCUUCCAUAGAGACAUCAAGGCUAGCAACAUACUCUUAGACUCAAAGCUCACAGCUAAAGUUGCUGAUUUUGGACUCUCAAGGCUUGCUCCAGUUCCUGAUCUCGAAGGGGUUUUACCUAACCAUGUAUCAACCCUUGUUAAGGGUACUCCGGGAUACCUUGAUCCAGAGUAUUUCCUAACACACAAUCUCACAAGCAAGAGUGAUGUUUACAGUCUCGGCGUUGUGUUUCUUGAACUAUUGACGGGAAGGCACGCUAUUUCACACGGUAAAAACAUCGUUAGGGAGGUGAACAAUGCAUACCGCGAGGGCAUGAUAUUGGAUGCCAUCGACAAACGGAUGGGACCUUACCCAUUGGAAUGCGUGGAAACAUUUGUUACUCUUGCCCUCAGGUGUUGCCGAGAAGAGACCGAUUCACGGCCUUCAAUGGCUGAAGUUGUUCGGGAGCUCGAAGGUAUAUGUCGUAUGAUGCCGCCGCGGGUGGAUAGUGGGAUCAAAGAAUCGUCUCAGUUGUUGAGCGCCGAUGCUACUACUACUGAUAUGGCCAACAACCUGUCGUCCCCUGCAUCGUCACCUAUUCAACAUUCUUAUGCUACAUCUGAUGUCUCUAGCAGUGCCCUUCUCAGUGGUAUUCUCCCUUCCAUCUCUCCCAGAUGACAUCUUCACAACUUCCCCAGUUUAUCCCAGUCACCCCAAGUUUGAAUCUGACACCAAAGUUUGACAUCACGUGUUUCUACACACACACACAGACAAUCAUUAUCCGAGCCACGGACAAUGAUUGUCAUUGUACGUGCAUGUCUUUGAAUCACAUGUUGUCAAACUUUGAUGUUUAUACAGAUUUACCCAAAAAAUAAUACUUAAUAAAUAAAUGAAUGUGUUCAGUAGUUUGAGAAAGAGGACAGUUUAUGUUUUCCUAGGUUUAUUUUUUGUGUUGCUUUUGCAAAAUUUAUUUUACCCUGACGGAAAAGUGGCCCAUCCAGUUUUUACUCUUUUGUUGUUGAUGAAAUGUGAGAAUAUACUGUACUGCCUAUU